AUGAACAGCAGUGGCAUCUAUCCCAAGGAACCUAAACCAGCUGUAAACCAUACGCUUGUGUCAGCUCAGACAUUUGGGAGCCAGACCGGGGCCGGUGGUAGUGGAAUGCUCUCCAUCCUGCCAGUUCAGCUGUUAUUGGAGAAGCAGUACCAAAGUGACUUCAAUGAGAAAAUCGCCGACGACAAUGAAGAAAUGUCAAGGCAAGAGGCAAGAUUCAUUAAAAUAAUGGAUCAAUCUGUAAAGUUAAAGGACGGACAUUACAGUUUAAAGCUGCCAUUUAAAGCCCAAGAGGUAACUUUGCCAAACAACCGUUGUAUUGCUCAACAGCGCCUCAUUGGACUAAGAAGGAAAAUGGAAAGAAAUGAGAAAUUCCACCAAGAAUACACAAGCUUUCUUGAAAAUGUCAUCAGUAGUGGCUAUGCAGAAAUGGUACCACAGGAUGAAUUGCGUUGUGGAGAAGAUAACCUGUUCUAUAUACCUCAUCAUGGAGUAUAUCACCCACGGAAGGGCAAGUUGCGAGUUGUCUUCGACUGUGGAGCUAAGUUUAAAGGAACUUCUUUGAACGAACAACUUCUGCAGGGUCCGAACCUUACAAGUUCCUUAAUAGGAGUGUUUCUACGAUUCAGACAAGAACCAGUUGCUUUUAUGUCUGAUGUGAAGUCUAUGUUCUAUCAAGUUAGAGUGGCCGACGAAGACAAAGACUUUCUAAGGUUCCUGUGGUGGCCUAAUGGAGAUCUGCACAAGCAAGUUGAAGAAUAUAGAAUGACUGUACAUCUCUUUGGAGCAGUGUCGUCGCCUAGUUGUGCAUGUUAUGCUCUAAGGAAGACAGCAGAGGACAGUCGGAAUGGGUUUUCGGAGGAGGAUGAUCCAGAGGUCAAAGUGGAAAUCUCCACAAACGCAAUAACCAUUCAAGAGGAUAAUGCAACCAGCCAACUCAUCACCUAUUUCUCUGACUGGAAAAGGUUGAAAGUUGCAGUUGCAUGGUUGCUGUUGGUCAAAGGGACUCUAUCGGAGUUGAGUCAAAGAAGGAAGCAACUUGUGAAAGAUGGAAUGGCUAAUCUUGAUGUUGACAGAAAAAUGUUGGAAGCCAGAAGGUCGUUCAAACGAGAACGUGUAUCAACGGAGGAUCUAUUAGCAGCAGAAAACGCUAUCCUUCAGUUCUGUCAGAGGGAAAGAUUUGACACUGAGAUUUGUGCACUAAAGACAGGGCUACACCCUUUUACAGGUUUUCCUAUCUACAAGCUGAAUCCUGUCUUCGAGGAAGGACUGGUAAGAGUUGGUGGAAGAUUGUCCAGGACUGCAAUGCCCGAAGAGAGCAAACAUCCAGUCAUCCUGGGUAAAGAUCAGCACAUCUCCAUGUUCUUAAAAAUAAUCAUGAACAGACAAGACACGGUGGGAGAAAUUACAUCCUUUCCAAAUUGAGAGAGAAGUUCUGGGUCACUCAUGCCAAUGCAGCAGCAAGGAAAAUCUUGUCAAAUUGUCCUUUUUGCAGACGUCACCAAGGAAAAUUGUGUGAUCAAAAGAUGUCGGAUCUUCCCAAAGAGAGGAUUACUCCAGACUUCCCUCCAUUUACUAACGUGGGCGUGGACUAUUUUGGGCCUAUUGAGGUAAAACAAGGACGUUCUUAUGUGAAACGUUAUGGAGUUAUCUUUACAUGCAUGGCCAGCAGGGCAAUUCAUUUAGAAGUGGCACACUCGUU